CUACAACUCCUCAAACUCCAAUGAAAACGGAAAACUUUAAUAAUUUUUAUACACUGACAUCUAAAGAGCUAGGAAGAUGUGAGGGUGGACUAGAUGUCUCCAGUUUUCCUUCUGUUGCAAAAAUGUUUGGAAACUGCUUUGAGCAGAGGGAAAUUUGCUGUGGUUAGACAGUGUAUAUCAAAAUCAACUGGCCAAGAAUAUGCUGCAAAAUUUCUAAAAAAGAGAAGAAGAGGACAGGAUUGUCGAGCAGAGAUUCUGCAUGAGAUUGCCGUUCUUGAGUUGGCAAAGUCCUGUCCCCAUGUGAUUAAUCUCCAUGAAGUCUAUGAAAACACAAGUGAAAUCAUUUUGGUAUUGGAAUAUGCUGCAGGUGGAGAAAUUUUCAACUUGUGUUUACCUGAGCUGGCUGAAAUGGUCUCUGAAAGUGACAUUAUCAGACUCAUUAAACAAAUACUUGAAGGAGUUUAUUAUCUACAUCAGAAUAACAUUGUACACCUUGAUUUAAAGCCACAGAAUAUAUUAUUGAGCAGCAUAUACCCUCUUGGAGACAUAAAAAUUGUAGAUUUUGGAAUGUCUCGAAAAAUAGGAAAUGCAUGUGAACUUCGGGAAAUCAUGGGAACACCAGAAUACUUAGCUCCAGAAAUCCUGAAUUACGAUCCUAUUACCACAGCAACAGAUAUGUGGAAUAUUGGGAUAAUAGCCUAUAUGUUGGUGACUCACACAUCCCCGUUUGUGGGGGAAGAUAAUCAGGAAACGUACCUCAAUAUAUCCCAGGUUAAUGUAGACUAUUCAGAGGAGACUUUUUCGUCAGUUUCACAGCUGGCCACAGACUUUAUCCAGAGUCUUUUAGUAAAAAAUCCAGAGAAAAGACCAACAGCCGAAAUCUGCCUUUCUCAUUCUUGGCUACAGCAAUGGGACUUCGGAAACUUAUUUCACCCUGAAGAAACUUCCAGUUCCUCUCAAGGUCAGGAUCAUACAACAUGGUCGUCUGAAGACAAGACUUCGAAAUCCUCUUGUAAUGGCACCUGUAGUGAUCGAGAAGACAAAGAGAAUAUCCCAGAGGAUAGCAGUAUGGUUUCCAAAAGAUUUCGCUUUGAUGACUCAUUGCCCAGUCCCCAUGAACUUGUUUCAGAUGUGCUCUGUUAGCACUUUUCUCUUUGACUCAUUUGGACUGAAUUUGGAAUUUGAAAUCCACUCCAGUGAGUGAUUGUGGUUUGUACCUUUAUAUAUGGCUUGUUUAUAUUGUAAAUGCACUUUUGCAUGGAAGAAUUUAGGAAAUUGCUUUAAUGUGUCAUUACUAGUUAUUAGCAUAAUUUCAUUUCCUAUCCUGAGAUGCCAGCUAUUCAGAGAAGAAAAUACUCAAAAAUAGAAGUGUGCAUGUGAUUUUGUUAUUGGAAGAAUUCAAGUUCAAAUGGAUUUAUCAAAAUUUUUUUUGUAUCAGGAAAAAAAGUGAUUUGAGUUAUAUUAUGGUUGAUGUAAACUGAACAAAAUGAAGACAUUUUAAUUUAAUAGGUUUUCUAUGGUAAGUCCUAUACCAUGCCUCUAUUGAGGAAAAUUUUUUAGGAUAAUACUGUCAGAUUUAAGCAAGAAUAUGUACUAUUUAUAGAUUUUCAAGAGCGAUUUUACAUUUGAAAAUGCUUUUUGAUUGCAAAUAUUUUGAAACUACAUAAGAUUUUCAUUAUAUGCGGUCUGCUGUAUGAGAUAGGUCCUUUAACCAGAGGGAAGGGGGAUCAGAAAGCAGAAUAGGGAUAUUCUAUACAAGUUAGAGCAGAGAGAAGAGUAGCAUGGCGUUUUUAACUCAGAUGUCUUUUGCCCACUCUCAGUAUUCUUCAGAUGCAAUGAGGUCUGACAGAUGGAAAACGUGGUAUACAAGAUAGAGGAUUUUCAUCCUCUAGAAUUUCUAGAGUAGAAGACACUUGGGUAAAAGUGAAUGUGUCCCAUUUUUAGCCAGCCAAACAUAUUUAUUAAUUGAGUGUAGAAGAAAAUGCUGAUAGACUGAGGCAGCUUACAGAAUUUUAGAUGUCUUCUAAGUCUUCAAAUACAAGCCAGUCAUUCAGAGUUCUAAAGUAUGCAUAAAAAAAUCACAGCACCAGAACUAUUAACACGGUGCCAGAGUCAGCAAGGUAGAUGUGAUCAUAAAACAUGAUGAUAUUAAGCUUUUCUAAAGUUCUUGUGUAAAAUUCCUAGUGACUGAUGAAGCUCAGUAGAAGGCUAUCUGCAGAGUGGCCCUUACUGAUCUUUUGCUGGGACCAAGGCAAGUAAGAGGCUAGAGAGAGCAGAAUGUUUGAUCAAUGGCAGGUGACUUUCCACCUAGUGUCUGUUAAAAAUCUAUUAUAUUGACAUGUUAAGAUAAUUGUAAUCUCAUGACCAUGUUACUAUAUCAAAAGAAAUUAUAUUUAGACCCAAAAAAUUCCUUGAGUUUUUCCCCUUUGAGUUAUGUAUUAUUCUAAAAUCCUUAACUUGUUGAAAUUUGGUAAGACUCCAAAUAAUUUAAAACUGUUUUUAAUAACCAUCAGUUCACUUUAUCUGGCUAAACGGUCAAUUUCUUUUAUAUCUCCAUCAUUUCUUGAAGGAAAGUUACUUCCAUUUGUGUGUGUGUGCAUAUGUGUAUAUGUAUAUGUACAGGUAUAUGUAUAUAUGUAUAGAUAGAUAAAAUACAGUCUUUGGACAAUUUUUUCUAGGCAUUCUUCACUCUACUAUAUUGUGCUCAACUCAGGUGCCAAAGGAACUCUUGUCUUAUGACAUAUGAAUAUACAUUUAAAUUCUUUAAGGAAUAGUUUUUAGGGUCAAUAAACUAGUCAUUGAAGAAGCUAAAAUGGGCUCUUGUAUAUGUAAAACUGAUGAGUCUUUUCUAAAUUGUUGAUUGUCCAUUUAUUUGCCUUCAGUAUUAAGCUAAUGCAGGUAAAGCUUAGUAAGUCAUUGGAGAAAGAGAAAAUGGUUACUUUUACAAAAGACCAUAUUAUAUAUUUAAAUUUCUAGAG